AUGGCGCAACCGGUGACAGUUCAAGUUGACGGCCCCGCCGCGGGUACCGGUCCUGUGGAACGGCCGCAACGUAAGUCCAAGACGGAUGCAUUGUUGAAGAAAGGCUGGACUGCAGACGCCCCGAAGGCCCGCAAACGCGCCAACUCCGCAACAGCGACACCGAGCGGUACUGCUAAAAAAGGAAAGAAGGCGGACACAGACGCCUUGACCCCGCUGCACGAUGGCACAAGUCAAGGAACAAUGUCUCUCACGGUCCAACGAGGUGGGUUGUCGGCGUCUGCGAGAGAGACCCCCUUGUCCUCCUCCAUGGGUCUUCCAUCAGUGCACGACCUUCGUAUGGGGACCUCACAAAUGCCGACUAGACCCGUCUCGAAGUCGCCCAACCUAGUCCAAGCGAGCGUGUCCACUCGCGAGAUCGCCUCCGACGAUGAGGCGACUUCGGAAGAGUCGGAUGGACGUUUGGACGGUCACGUCGACAGCGACGGAGCGCAUUCGGAGUCGGGCGACGACGUAGUCCUCGAUGUCGAACCUGGCCAGCUAGCCAAGAUGCUCCGCGAGGAGAGCAGUCGUGUUCGGGCUUGA